CGAUUGUAUCCUUGAUAAUUGAAGCGGUUACAUGGUGCUCUCUGCUGUGUCUUCAAAUGCUGCUGUUGUGGAAUCCACCAAUGGCGCACUCCUUGCCUCUCGAAAUGAGGAUUCCACUUCAUACGGAAGACAGUAUUUUCCCUUAGCUGCCGUCGUUGGCCAGGAUGCCAUUAAAACUGCGCUUUUGUUGGGCGCUAUUGAUCGCGAGAUUGGAGGAAUUGCUAUAUCAGGAAGGCGAGGAACAGCCAAGACAGUAAUGGCACGCGGAUUGCAUGCAAUUUUGCCUCCCAUUGAUGUAGUUGUUGGUUCAAUAGCAAAUGCAGAUCCAUCCUGCCCUGAUGAGGGAGACUCACUCUUUUCUUUUAGUACAGGAUUUUUGUUAUCAUUGAUGAAAUUCAUGGUACCAAACAGAAAAUUUAGGAUUUUUGUUAUCAUUUUGGACUGGGUUUUUCUAAGCUACCAUCCUUGAUUUUCUCUUUUUAAGCUUUCCUUUUUCUGGGUUUUUAACUUGUUUUUGAAAUUGCAUUCCAUUUGAGAACCCAACGCAAAAGGAAAGGGAUUUUUCAUUUUUGUUUUUUGUUUUGGUUUUUGGUUUAGGAAAACUCAGAUCUGGAUUGAAAACCUAACAAAUUUGAUUUGGGAUU